CCGAGACGGGGCGCCAACGUGAAACGUGGAACUUGUCUCUGUUCUUUCAUCGUGAAUUGACAAUAAACAUUCACAGAUAAUCCCCCGAGAAUUGUGUUUUUGUGUUGUCUCCUGUUAAAUGUUGAAGUGACUAGUAAAACAAUAAAAUGCCAUCGAGGAGGAACAAGGGGGGGCUCAUUGCCAAAGUUAAUUUUCCUCUUUACAGCAUUCAAAUGCUCACCAGCAGACACAUACUGGUGGGUGGUGGUGGAGGAUCUUCUAAAACUGGGGUUGCAAAUGGAUUUGAAAUCUUCGAACUGUCACACGAUGGCUGGGGGUUCACAGCUGAGGAGGUGACGAGACAUGAGACAGGGCCCAGUGUCGUGAUGAACUGUGCUUGUAGCAGUGCUGAUAAGAAGACGUACUUGGUGGCUGGACAGGAGAGCCAUUGUCAGCUGUACGAUGUCACUACCAGGGUGGUAACACUGGAGAACGGGGAGAUACUCAAGGGCACUAGUGCUAGCACCAUCAACAGGGAAAACCUCAGGCAGAGGAGGAAGAGCGAGAGGAGCGAGGAGAUCAAUGGGGAGAGGGUGGAGGACAUCAAGGACAACAAUGCUAAUGUUAAACAUAAGAAGUUGCAGCUCGUUCUUAAACCAUCAACGAGUAUUCAGACAGAUUUCAGUGACUCAGAGCCAAUUCAGAGGAUAGUCCGAAUAAGUCCAAAUGGCAAAGUAAUGGCGACCGGUGGUCUCGACGGUGUCAUUCGACUCUGGAAAUUUCCUCACCUGACAAAAAUCCAUGACCUAGAAGCGCACACAAAAGAAAUUGACGAUAUUGACUUCAAUCACGAUGGAAAUCUAGUAGCAUCGAUAGCCAAGGACUGUCGUGCCAUCGUCUGGGACGUUGUUAAGGGCACCAAGAGCCAGGAGCUCUCCUGGACACCCCCUGCUGGUGGCAAGUAUAUGUACAAGCGUCUUCGGUUUAGGAUUCCCGUUGACAAGAACUUGAAAGCCCAGUUAUUCGUUCUGUCCAACUCAAUUGUGGCGAAGAAUCCUAGUUACCUUCAACUCUGGGACCUGGAACAGGGCUCCAUCGUCAGGUCCACGUCCUUCAGGGAAACAUUGUCAGCUAUAGCGGUGUCUGAUGAUGGCAAAUUCGUGGCUGUGGGAACGAUGUUCUCUGGGAGUGUUGACAUAUUCGUUGCAUUUAGUUUACAAAGGGUGUUGCAUGUACCUGGGGCACACAGCAUGUUCGUCACUGGACUGGAGUUUAUUCCUUUUAAAAUGGAAGGACCAUCCAUCACCAGCAAUGCAGAAGCUGCUGUUGUCAGUAUAUCCGUGGAUAACAGAAUUUGUAUUCACAGCAUUCCUUUCAGACAUACACUCCCCUUUUGGUUCGUAAUAAUAUUCAUCAUCCUGAGUAUAUGUGGUGCAUUUACUCUCUGCAGCUACAUGGGUAUAUGACCCGGGUUAUUUAUUGCUGAAUUAGUUAAUGUUCGUCUUACCGAGUCUAAAUUAUGUUUUAUUGACUAAAGAGGGAAAAAACUCCUUGAGAAAUCUACUUCACGCGUACGAACGUAGAUUGCAAGAAUAAGUGAUCUCUGCUGUUGAUAAAAAAAAUUUCCUGUCUGAGUGUGCCCGAUGGAAAUCCGGUGUAAAUGCCUUUGAAUGGGUUUUUUGUUGAAUGGUGGGGCUUAUGAACGUGAGAACAGUCUCCUGCAGGAUAGGAGGGGCAUACAUGCACCUUGCCAGCGGUACUUUCGUAGGUAAUUGUAUAAAAUUAAUUCUCAUUCGCUGUACGUAAUUUCCUUGUUGAUUGAUUUUGUUUUUUCACUAUUUCUUGCUCAUGUGUUAUUUUAUCAUAUAACUGCUGCAGUUCCUUGUUUGGUUUAGUGUGAUUUCAAUUUUAGGGGAAUAUUUUAAAUAAAUUAUUUUGUUUAAAGUUUAUUGCGUCUACAAUUGAAUGAAAUAAAUGGAACAAUGAUGAUGAGGAUAAUUAAUGGUCAAUAUAUUGUCCAGAAUUACUGAAUGAAAAAUUCAGGCUUUUAAUUGAUUCAUUUGUGAAUGAUUGGGAAAACUGAAAAUUCGGCACUAAAAAAGAAAUUAUGAAAAUGGCGGGGUCGUGAAAUGGAAAUUGUUGAAGGGGAUUUAUUAGGUAAUUUCUGGGGAAAUUUUGCGACCAAAAAAGUCUUGUGCCAUUUUUCCCUGAAAUCACUAUCUAUGAAGACAAUUUAAUUUACAGUAAGUGGUCAAAUUAUUCGAGUCAGACAUAAAAUUUUUGUUCAGUGUCCAAUUAUAUAGGAAUUUAGUUAUUCGGAGGAAAAUGUUGAAAGAUCUUAUUUGCAGGCCAUUAAAUUCACUGCUCAAUAAUCUUUUGACAUUUUCCUGUAAUCCUAAUGUUUCCAUUUUCAAACUUCAUCUCUCGUUUAUUCAUUUUAUUUAGUUUAAAAAAAUGAAAAAAACUUGCUGUUGUCAUAUUUUCGAGUCUUAUUAUUCAACAUCAAUUAUGGGAAUGGAGGGCGAUCUAUGUAAAGUGUUAGAAGCCUCUGUGUAUAGCGAAAUAAAGAUAUUAGGAUGAAAUCUAGUGGCAUCGCUGUCGAUAUAAAAAUAUUUUUCUCUUCUAUCGGUGCUAUUCCUCUCGUUCAUUGUAUUGUAAUCUUUGCACACGAGGUGUCCAAUUGAACACAUUUAUUUCUUUAUAAAAGUUCUGAGCUUGAUGACGUCAAUACAUUUUUCCGAUGACCAAAAUGAUUUAGGAACUAAUGCGUGAUGAAGGGAUCUGUAAAUUUUAAUUAUGUACUUAUCCCUUUAAGGGGAAAUUUGAUAAUAAAUCAGUGACAGAUUGCGUGCGGAAAAUUCCUUCGGUUACACCAAUAUUUCUUGACACUUUUUCGGUCGUUGCUUCGUCUAUUGAAAACCCCAACAAUCUUUAAAAACAUCUCGAGCAACUCCAUAUAAUUCAAUGAUUAAUUAAGAGCAGUAGAAGAUAUUUAAUUUUUAAUGAGAUAAUCGUUGCGUUCAAGACUGAGUUUAAAAGAAAAUAAUGAAAAUAUUUCUCACCGGAGAUUUCCUCGUCUACGAAGAAAAUUUGUCGAUUUGUUCCUUAUGAGCACCAGUUCCUGAAUUAAUAGAACUAUUAGUAAGUGGCAAAACGCUUCGAGUAAAACAUAAAAUCUUUAAUUGUUCAUUAGGAAAUUAUCCCGUUAAUGAGUCGUUUCAAGAGGAAAAGCCGGAAGAUAUUUUCUAGUUUCCGACGUGAUUGAACUAUUGAUGAGGGUAAACAGUCGCAUUGAGGACAGAGCAACCAUGAAUUUUUCUCAGUGCGAUUACCUUAAAAUUAAAAAGGAAUUUGGUGAGGCAUUUCUUUGGAAAAUUUCUUUAUGUACAAGAGAACUCUUUUUUAAUUAUCUCCUCAAAUUAUUAUUUUUGGAAGGAAUACUCAGUGAAUAAUUGAACACCAUAUCUCUGUGCUCUGAAGCAGUUCUUCAUCAAGGAAAAACAUUGACGUCAAUAAAAACUAUUUAGAAAGUUGCGUAUGAGUGUAAAAUCUGCCUUUGUUGACCAAUAAAACAAACUAUAAAUUAUGUAAUGAGAAAAUGAGUGUGAAAAUAGAAUAAAAAACAUUAUCGGCUAAGGA